CUAGGGUCAACGUGUUUACACACUUAAUGACCGGCUUUCGGAGGCUGGUAUUUCUGUCGUUUAUCGCGCCAUCUUGUUGUUUUUGGUCGUUAUCUCUCCGACAGACAGCGUGUAACAUGAAUGAUACCCAUAUCCACGUAUAUAAACCUUUCGAUAGCGUGGUGCUCGGUAUUUAUGAUUUGUUUGAGCUCCUAUACAGCGCCUGGAACAUGUUUGAUGCGACAACCACUGCGGCCGAGCCGAUUGACGGAAGUGUCAUUCCAGACGUGUGUUACACAGAACUUUUUCAAAGGAGGUACUUAUUUUACGGACAAUGUCUAUUGACGUUUAUCGUGAAAAUCUACGGUUACGUGUUGAUCGGGUCCAUGAUUCUGGGCCAACUUCCACAAAUAUUCAAAGUGCUCAAAAGACGUAAUGGUUCCGGAAUCAAUGUCUUGAGCACGCUUUUGAUGCUGGAGGCUUCCUCUUCUACAGUUGCUUACUCCGUGUGGAAGCAGUUUCCUAUCAAUACCUGGGGAGAAAAUCUAGUGUUUAUGGUGGAAAACGUGAUCUUGGUGUGUUUAUUGCUGCAAUACAACAGGCGCCCCCUAUCAGCACUGAUGUUUAUGCUGCUCUACGUUGUAGUUAUGCUGCUUCUACUCCUGCCUCUUCUUCCAACGACCUUCCUCAUCUCUCUCCAUAUUCUCAGUAUGCCGAUUUUUAGCAUCAGCAGG